ACACAUUACCAUAUCUUUAAAAGUCCAGGUUAAGUUUUCGAAGCGAGCAUGGGUACCUGUUUGGAACGUUAUUUUUGCCCUAAUAAACCUGUGUGCAGCUCAGGCAGAAGAGCCACUUUCUACUAUCCUGGAGGUGGGUCCUACUCAGGUUAUUGGUUAUGCAACGAACACCAGGGUUGGGGGGUUAAGAAGACGGCAGUGCGAACUUCUCAGUAUUAUUUGGGUAAGAAGCAGCCCCAAGGUCAGCUUGUCUACGAGGGUCACUGGGUGAUGAACAAGCGGCAUGGAGUCGGAUCAAUGCUACGCAAGCGUGGGACUGACGUACAGUUGAUAUAUUCGGGAAGAUGGUACGAUGACAUGAAGUGUGGGGAGGGCAAGCAAUUUUAUCCCGACGGGUGCGUCUACUUCGGAAAAUGGCUGAGAAACCGACGCCACGGACUGGGCGUUCAAUGGUACAAAGAUGGGAGAAUCUAUGCGGGCGAGUGGGAAGCUAAUUUCCGACACGGCUUGGGCGUAUUGUUCUACGCUAAUGGCAAUAGAUACGAAGGACACUUUGCACGAGGAUAUAAAAAUGGUGAGGGAGUAUUCUACCAUAUGCACACGGGUCAAAUCCAGAAAGGAAUGUGGGAAAACGAUAAUGUCAAGACAUCGAUCAUGCAAGAUGAUCCCAAAAUACGAUGCAAUCUUGCUGUAACGCCGUAUCCGAUACCUCGAAACUAUCUUAAAUAUCCCAACGAAAUUAUGCGGGAACUUUUUAAAAAUUAUAAAAUUUUUAGCGAUAAGCCUCAUCGUAGAUUUAAUGACAAAGUCAGUCUUGACUUUAUUCACCAUCACCGAAAAUACGCUUCCUUUGAAGAACGCUUCGCGUCGCCAACAAUUGUAGACCUCUACCCUGGUGCUGAAUUUGCUUGUACUUGUGAUUGCGAACAGGUUGCCAGAAAUGAAUCCAAUGUUACUCAGAUUUAGCUUUGUAAACCAUUUUCAGCCCUAUUGAUUGCUUAAAUAUUAAAAAACUAAAUUAGUUGUGA